UUCUUGAGUUGGCUUGCGACCGAUUCGGUUCGUACAUUGUAUUGCUGACGAAAGUAUUUUAAGUGCGAUUUUUUUUCUUCGAUUUUUCUACAUUUCUCUUUAGUGUUGUUAUUCAACGUGCAAAAAAAAGUAACAAGAAAAAAAAAAUCCGCCAGAAUUAUUUGGCACAAGCACAUUUCAAGUGAAACAAAGAGAGAAAAAAAGAGUUGUUUUUUUUCAUCAUUCCCCGCUGUAAUGAUGUGAAAAAGAGAGAAUGAAUUUGAUGAGUUUCAAGUGUGAAGUAUAGACGAGAAAAAACGAUUUUUAUUGCGAUUCUUGAUCGAACCGCUGAAUAAAAGUUAUUUAAAAAAGUCUAAACGGAAAAAGUGUAUUGCUUUUGAAAAUUCGUCAUUUCAAUGUUGAAACGAUCUUUAAAAGCCAAAAAAAAAACCUCACAAGUGAUUAAUGCUAAUUUAUGCAUUAUAAGUUUGUCAAAACGGCGACAACAAGUGAAGCCCGAAACAAAGUGAAUUGUUAUUUUAUCAACAGAGACACAUCGAUUAACAUUGAAUUCAAAAUAACCAUAAAAUACCAGUUUCAACGCAUGCUAUUGGCGAUUUAUCGGGCUGGUUGACCGUCAUCAUAACCAAAAAUACUUAUUAAUAAAUUCGUCGCUGAAGCAAGUGUGAAAAAAGAAGAAACAAGAAAACAAAAAUGAUAUGUGAAUGAUACGAUACAACGCAAAAAGACUUGUGCUAAUAUCGUCAAUUUAGCACAUUUGGAAAUCGUAUAUUGUUUUUGUAUGCACUAAUCAUUUCGAUCACCGUAACGGGCAUGCAGAAAGAUCAUUGCAAAAUUGUUGAGAGAAUGUUUUUUCUGUCGCCAUAUUGAUCAAUUGCACACAUUUAAAUCCAAAUCGUACGAUCGUUUUGAGUGAACUAUAACGAAGGAGAGUAGAAAAAACACACAAACAAAAAAAUACACAUAGAUUCGGGAUCAGGGUGUGUUUGACUUUUAUAUAAACAGGCAAAAACAAUCAAAGUGUGUGCGUGUGUAUGCUCACUGUUUUCGAUUUUUCGGUUGCUUGUAACAUGAAGUGAUCGGUUUUUUGUUCUAUCAUCGUCAUCACCAUCGAGAGUAAAAGACCAAAGUGAACGAACCAACUGACAAGUGAGUUUGUGUUUGGCUGUAUAUUUACAUCGAUGUAUGCGUGUGCAUGAUUACCAGCAGCUAAAGACGGAAAAUAAAUGACUUUACCUUCAACAAUGAUCUACAUGCAGAAGGGAAAAGGUAGACAGACACUGUGAAAAUAAAAACGAGAAAGAGAACAUUAAAAAAGAAUUUGUACGUUGUCCGUUCAUACAAAUCAAAUGUGCUAAUAAAACACAAAAACUAUUGUCUGUUUCGCAUAGUGUAAUCGAAUUCGAUUGUGGUAUUGUAGUGUCUUUUUUUCUGUCGUCGUCGUCGUCGAUUCGAUUGGUGCGUUUGAAUGCUCAUUGCAAAAAAAGACAACCAACAAGCAAGCAAGCGAGAAGAAGCAAAAGAAAUCCAAGAAAAAAAGAACGACCAUCUACCGACAAUAAUAAGUAAGCAGUUAGCAAUACACGGUUCUUGUUACAGAUUGUAUUGAAGCCCAUUGCGGUGUGUUGUCGUUUGCUGCCUACACACGUAAGCUCUCUGCCAGGCGGUUAAAACUUGAUUCGGUGCUGUUUUUGCUUCAACAUUCUUCAUUCGUUCCAUCGUCGGUUACCACAGAUCCGCGUGUAUCUGUAUGUGUAUGUCAAUGUGAUCGUGUGUGCGUUUGUGUGUCUGUGAGCAAUUCUGUACAUGCCGUGUAGAUCGGUUUUUGGAAUAUCUUUCUUUUGCAGUCAUAUACGGCUACAGCACAAUACACGGAUCGAACGCAAAUAAACUCGCAAGCUAUAUUUUCAUCGAUUCAAACAAUAAUAACAACGACCGCAGAGACUUCCUAUAGACCAACGAAGCAAGAGUUGAAGACAACUCUUUUCACAUAAAUAUUAGAAUGAACCACGUAUCAAAAGCCUGAAGAAAUAAAAGAAGAAGAAAAAAAAACAAUAAUAAUAUAAUCAAAAGAGAACCUGAAGUGUAUUUGUGCGAGCCAUCGAGUAUGUGCGCGCACGUAGAGUGAUCUGUGUGUAGAACGGAUCGAAACAGUGGAAACAUUCAAAAUAAACGAGAUAGAAGACGGAAUUUAUCUCUCAUAUUAUUAUAUGCUCGGUAUUUUUUCCUCUUCAUCCAUUUUGCCUGAGAACGUGAUUGGAAUGCAGUGUUUCGUGUUAUAUUAAUGACGACAACAACAACAUUGAUACAACGACACACAGCAGAGAUAUAUUGAAAUAUUUUUUUUCCUUUAUAUAAAAUAAAUUUAUAUAAAACGUUGACGUUGGGUGUGCAACAUUGAAAUACGCUCAUAUUUAAAAGUGUGUCUGUGUGUCCAAAUCAAGGAGUUAAUAACAUAAUAUAAUAAUUUGUCAAUAAAUUGUAACGGCUUAAACCGUUUUGAACUGAUUUCCGAGAGUUUUUAUUCGCGCGUUGCGUUCAUUAAAAAAAAAACAAUUCAAUUGAUUUUACAACCCAAACUGAUUUUUGCAAACUGGAUAUUUUUCGAAAUUUUCCAUCAACAAGGCGCACUAAAGUCUCGAGGUGAUAAUUUUGCGAACACACUUUCAAAGCAAACCGAAAAUUGCCAGAGCAAAAAAAGGUCAUCAACUAUUACAACGAAAGUAUCGUGUAUCUGCUGAAAGCAUACCACAACGGGAUUAUACAUCGUAUAUGUGUCAGUGUACAUUGUUUUGGAUUAUAAACUCAUUUUGUGUGUGUACAUAUACAUAUACGGCAGUAAUUUUAUGAUUGAUAAAUUCAACAGAGAGAAUUUUAUCUGCAAAAACCAUUAAAAAUUACAAAGUCAAAAUAAUAAACAAUAAUUUUCUUGUGUUCUCAUCAUCUGAGUGAAACCGACAUAAAAUAAAGUUGUUCAAAUGAAAAUGGGUGAAUCGACACCGAUUUGUCGUUGCCGAGUUUUAUACUUGGGCAGUGCUGUACCACGUCAAAGUAAAGACGGAUUGCAAGGAAUACAAGAGCCGCUCCGCAGUUUAUAUCCGUCAGAAGGAGCGGUUGGUGCGCGAGGCAUAGAUUCAUGGUUAAGUGUCUGGUCAAAUGGAAUUUUAUUGGAAAAUGUUGAUGAAAAUCGUAAACAAGUUACACGAUUCUUUCCCAUUGAAUCCCUGCAUUAUUGUGCGGCCGUUCGUCAAGUAUUGAUUCCAGAACGUGGCAAUGCACCAGAACCAAAAUUUUUGCCAUUAGAUUCACCGUUUGCACGUACACCGCGCGCAGCACAUCCGCCAAUUUUUGCUGCAAUUUUACGUCGUACGACUGGAAUUAAAGUUUUAGAAUGUCACGUGUUUAUUUGUAAACGUGAAGCAGCUGCAAAUGCUCUAGUCAGAUGUUGCUUUCAUGCGUAUGCAGAUAAUAGUUAUGCGCGUCAAAUCGAAACAAAUGGCAGUGUUUAUGGAACAUUGGGUAAACCGUCGCCAUCAAAUGGUUUAAAUGGCAGCGCCGAAUGGAGAUCACGCGCUGGGAGUACGAUGACAUUAAACAGUGUUGGACAACGAAUGUUAAAUGGCAGCACCAAUGGAACGAUCACAAAUGGCAGCGAUGCAUACACAGUAAAAAAUGUUUACGCAAGCAGCGCUGAUAUUGAUGUUGUCGAUGAAGCUGGAUCUAUUUAUAAUGGCGAUGAAAACCACAAAGUCUGGUUAGGUGGUUCACAGGAUCGUUUAAAUGAUAUUGCCACGGAGAGCCCAUACGAUCUUUAUUCAUCGAAUGGUAUGAAUGGAAAUUCAUCGACGCUCGGCCGCAAUGCUCGUGCAAGGCAAAUAAGUGCACCGAUUCCAACGGUCCCACCGCCGCCCGAAUCGAAGAAAGAAAAGAAGCAGAAAAAAUCAAAACAAUCAAGUAGUCAAAGUCUAUCUGGAACACUCCGACCAAAAUCAGGUUAUACAAAUGGUGCUACAUUGGUUCGACAACAACAACACCAUCAACAACAACAGCAGCAUCCACACAAUGGUAUGGCAAUGCAUAUGCAACAAAAUCAUGGUAUGUAUGCACCAUUACCGAUGCACGCUCAACAAUUGCCACCAUCGCGAUACCAUACAUUUAGUCAUCGUGGCGGUUACGCAAAUGGCAUUCCACACAGUACAUCAGUUCCACAUUUACAUAUGAUACAAAUGCAUCCACCACCAAUGCAAAUGCCACUCAUGUUGCCACAACAAUAUGCAACGCUUCAACAUCCAAGUAAAUUAAAAUCAAAAAAGAAAAAAGACAAACUAAACAUUCCAUUGGGCAUCCCAGUUCCACCACCAAUGUUUUAUCCGCCGCCGUCAUCAAUGAUGCAUGAACCAAUGAACGGCAUGAAUCGUCCGUUGGCUAUGAGCAAUCGAAAAUUGGCACAAUCGGCCGCUGCAGGGCUUGAUGAUUCGGGAAAUUCGGGUGCCGAAUCUCCCGGUGAUACGGGCACUGGUAUCUAUCGACGAAAAGGACACAUGAACGAACGUGCAUUCAGCUAUUCAAUUCGUCAAGAGCAUAGAAGCCGCUCACAUGGAAGUUUAGCAUCUCUUCAAUUUAAUAAUCCACCUGAUGUGAAAAAAGAACGUGAAAUUGCUCAAAUGGUUGCCGGAUUAGAUCUAAACGAUGACGCAACCAUCUAUAGACGUUCACAUCAACCACAAAUGAAUGGCGGCACAUUCGGCAAACGUAAAUAAUCGAAAUACACACUCAUGCUCUAAGCAAAUGAUUAACGGUGUUGAAGGCGAUUCAAAUUGCAAACCUAUAGUUGCCAAUCAACUUUUCGUUGCAUUUGGCUUUUUUUUCUAAUGCUAUUGUGUCUGUGUGUUUGUUUCGAAAUAUUGUGUUCGGUACAAGUGCUUUGAUAGACACCUCUUUCGAGAUCAAUUUACAUUGAAUAAUGCGUUUUUAUGUAAAUAACGAACGGUGAAUUUUUCUUCGAUUAAAUAAUAAGUUUCGCUCUUUUAUAAUUUGAAUUGUUUUGCUUUUUUCUCUUUAGUUAAACUUUUUUUUUUUCUAAAUUCGCGCAUCUAUUUGUUUGUAAAGAAUGGAAAUAACAUUUUUUUUUUCUAAAUUCAAAUUAAUAUUCCAAAUUGGCUCGACAGCAAUUACGGAAAUGAGAAUUAUUAUGCAUAAUUAACGUUAUAAUUGUCAACAAUAAGAAAUCAUAAUAAAAUGAACGGUGAAAUUUACACGAUUGUAAACGAACGAAACAAAAAAAUAAUAAAAAAAAGCAAAACAAAAAAGAUGAGCCGAUGCGAUAAGUGAAUUAAUAAAUUUGUAUAUUUUAAGAUAAUGAAUUGUUUUCUAUAUAUGUGUGUGCGCGCGGUGAGAAUAAUAUGAAUCAAGAAAACAAAUUGCAUAAAAAGCGAAAUUGAAACGAAUUCAUGGGCAAAAUGUGUGUGAAGCAUUCGAAACAAAUUUUAAAGAAUUCGACCGGAGAAGAAAAUGUAACAGCAGUAAUGGCAAGUCAUAUGAAUUCAGGCAGCUCCAAAAACAAAGCCGGAUGAGAAUUUCAAUGCAACACUGAAAUGGAAACUAUAUUUAUACCAUACGACGCAUAAAUAAAUAGCUAUGCCAUUUUUUUCUUUUAUUUCAUUCAGCGGUGGUUUUGCUUGAAUUUAAAUUAUUCAUUACGUCGUACAAUUUUUCUUUCCUCUUGUUUUUAUAUUUUGCCUUUGAUUCAAUGAAAAGAAUUUCAAGUACAUAUCAUAUAUGCAACUUCAUUGAACACGAAAGCACCGAAAGCGACGCUAAAACACAUGAAUAAUGAAGCAAAUUCGAAAAACUCACAACCAUGUGUGCGAUUGCGUUUGUGGCGAUUGAGCUUACCAAAGCAGUUUUGGUCUUUUGUGCGGAAAUAUAGGCAGACAAAACAUUGUACGAACGCCGAAUCGUAAAAUAAACAUAAUAUUUGGAUUCAAGACAAAAGCACAACAGUUAAAUGAAAAUAAAUAAAAUGGAAGAAAAGAAAUUAUACAUGUAUUCAGACAGACACUCACACACACACAAAAACCAAACGAGAAAAAACCGCUGUGUGAACCAUGUAAACGAAAUAGACAAACAACAACAACAACAAUAAAAAAAGAAGUCGUCGAUUUCUUUUCAGCGUGCAUUGACUACGUCAAAAAUGACACAUUGUAAAUUGUACGCGGCGGAAAAUAGAUAGAAAUUUUUGCACAUACGGUAACCGUGUUUUUGCGCAAUGCACUGACAAACAGAAAAACAAGACGAAAUAGAGAAGAAAAAAAAUCAGCAAGUCAGAUCACUUUAAAUAAAAUAAAUAUAUACGCGAUUUGAUUAAAGCGACAAUAAUCAAGCAAGUACUUGUGUGAUUUGUAAUUGCAGCAUAACAACGAAUCGUUAAUUUAUUAUGCAAUUUCAUUGGAGCUUUUUUUUUCUUUUUCCCGUGCGCUGCGUGUACGUGUUCCCUUCUCUCGUUCUCUCGUUUCUUCAACUCAAGCGAAGUGAAAAAAGUGAUUUUUCAAAACAUUGGCCAUUCACAAUUUAUCACAAAUUGUCUGAAUUUGUGCAGUGAUUUUGCGCGCGCGUUCAUAAAUGUUGUGCAAAUGCGAAAAAAGACUUUCUUACAACAUCGUCUAUAUGGACUGAGACCGAAAAGUAUGCAGCAGCAUAGUAAUGUAAAAAUCCAAAUCAAAAUCGACACUUUCAUAUCUAACUAAUUAUGCGCAUCAAUGGACAUUCGAUGUGCACACCAUGAUACAGUCUCGUAUGCAGUUUACGUACAUUGAUAUGCUGCCAAUUAAAGCAUAGCCCGUUUGCGCACGCGCUCUGGCCAAUGUCCCUUAACAAAUAAAUACACACAGUUUACGUUUUCACAACAUUUUUUUUGAGCGACUUUGGUUCACAUUGUCAAUUAUCAUUUUUAUUGAGUGGUCAUCGUCAUUUAAAGGCAUAUUGUAAUACUACAAAUCAAUUUGUAGCGAACCAUGUGUGAAUCGGUGUGAUUGGAUGUGUAAUGAAAUGCUAAAUGCUUCGUUAAAAUAUUUUGAAAGCGCACGCAUUUCCUGCCAUUCAACAGGAAAUAUAAACACCAUUGCCAUCGAAUUCAAAAUCCGGCUUGAUAUUUAAAAUUAGCCCAAUUCCAUACACUUUCCGCAUAAUAUCUAAUUGACUGUACAAUGUACGUAUCGAUCGCCUCUAUCAUUGAGUUCGGCUUCACUUUUCGCUGCAUUCCAAUUUUUUCUUGCUCCCGUUAUGCGUUUUGCAAAACCAUGAAAUAUCGCAACACACAUUCAUUUUGUAUAGUUUUAUAAAUAUAAAAAGUAAAAUAUAUUUAAUGGCAUUAAUGGAAUUUUAAAAGGAAAUUAUCGCAACAAACAUUUUUUUUUUAAUUUGUUUAUAAAUAACUGUUGGAAUAUAAAUACGUUGGUCAUUCAACAAAUCAUUUCUUUAAUAUGUGCCUUACUAAAAACUAGACGAAACCGAAAAUUCUUCGAAGCAAAUCCGCGUUGAGUUCAUUUUAAUUAGGUUUUUUUUUAAUUAUGAUUUAAUACCUGCAGAAUACAUAUAUUAUUAUAUAAAAAUUGUUUAAAAACUUACUUAGAAAUCCUAAGUUAGGAUAUUGGAGUUGGAGUAUGUUUUGAUUGCAUCGACUCCAAUAUGGUAAAUGAUACUUUUUUAAAAUACUCUAAACUGAAAAAUCAAAUCGAAUAGUCGAAUGAGAAUGAUUAAUCGCACUAAAAUGCCAAAAAAGGCCCUCCAAACUGAUGAGAAGAAAUGAAAGCGAAAAUCAAAUAGAAAAUAUACCAAUUUUUAUUAAACGUCUUAAAUUGUAACGGACUUUCUUCAUUAUAUCAAUAGUAAUAGUGUUUUGUAUAGUAUUGUUUUUUCUUUCUUUCUUUCUUUUGUUAUGAAAAUCUUUUUACAAUGUGAAAUGGAACCAUUUUAUAUACUUCUUAUCUUCUAAAACAAUUUAUCUUGUAUGUUAAAGAAGAAAAAAAAACACAGAAAAAAAAAAAGAAAACCGAGCCAGACACUGUAGUCAACGGCGACAGCAGCAUAUACGAAAAAUCUAUCUAAUUUUAUGUAUUUUAAUUUGUGUAUUCGUGAGGUCGCUUUAUCUAUGUUAUGUGAGGAAUUUGAAAAACGCGUCUACGUUUUUCGUUGUCGUCGGAAUUUUUUUUCCACUUCAACUUAUUCAUUCGUCCAUUUGGUUGGGUGAAAGCAAAUUAUGCAUAUGAAUGUGAAAAUGAAUGCAAAUUUAACGAUACAUAGAUUGAUAAAUAUAUAUACCGAACGAAUAAAGAGAAUAUAGUGUUGACGACAGAAUUAUAACGAUUUAUUGGAAACGAAAUGAGCAAUGCCGUAUGUGUGUAAAAGAAUGUUUCUCUUUUGUUUUCAAUGAACAUUUAACACAUUGUUAACACACAUACACUUAAGCAAUCUAUAAAUAAUAUAUUGAACUAUGUAAACAUUAGCAAGUAUGUAGAUUUCUAUUGUCUAUCGAUUGAGAUCAAAAUCUUUUGUUGAAGAAAUAAAUUGCUAUUAUUAUUUUUUAUAUCGAAAAAUCAACCAAA